GUUUGUCAAAAAUGGAACGGCGAAUUUUGGUCAAAAUAACUGGACCACCUCCAGAGGUGAUCCCAAAUAUUCUGGUCUGAAGAAACUGAAACGGACCUUUCCAUUUGAAUUCCGACCAAAAUUUCCAGAACCUUUGGCAUAAUGGAAAGCAUCCUUGCAUUUAUAUCCUGCAAAGCAUAGAUUUUAUAAUCAGAAGUUUCGACAAUUCUCUUUUAGGGUAUUACAAAAUUACGAAGUCGUGAACAACAGUGUCACAACCAACAACGACAUUUUUGCUCAUGCAAAUCGAGAAAAAGAAAAACUUUUGAUGAUAAGUCCAGUUGAUGAGAUCACGUCCUAUAUCAUUUUCCGUGCCGUGCGUGACCUUUCUGGUGGUGCCGUCAAAAAGGUCAACAAAAGGAUAAACAAAUCAUUCAAAAGAGCGUUAUUAAAUAAACAAAAACAAGACCAAGUGCUCGCCAAAUCUGAUAAUCAAAUCGACGAAUGGGAAAAAAUUGCAAUCAAAAGUGUCCAUCGCCAAGGAAGUAAGAGAUGAUGGUAAGUGGCAAGUCCUGGUCAACAACAAAGAGUCCAUCAGCUUUCUACACCUGGAAAAUACUUGGUGUGAUGGCCAUGUUAUGGUCAGUGAAGUCAAAUUGAAAAGAAACAUCAGUGAACAUAAGAUCGGGGCGGAGAUUUGGUACAACCAGCUCGCUGUCAAAACCCAAUUGACAGACAACAUCAAUGUUCAGUUGUGUUUUGAAGAUAUUGUAGUCCAAGUGAGAAAUGUGCUGUCACUAGGUGAAAAAUCGCACGUAUGUCGUGAUCUUCCCAUGUGCGAGAUCAAUGACUUGCUAGAAAUGUACCAGGUUAAAGUUGAAAACUACUUCAUGACAUAUGGAGACAUCAAUGAGGAAAGGUGAUUAUAAUAAUCUUUCAUUAUUGUUAUUAUUAUUUAUAUUAUUAGUAUUAUCAUUAGUAUUAUUAGUAUUAGUGUUAUUAUAUUAUUUGGCCAUUAUAUUUUAUUUACAAAAUUGACAUAAAUCUGCUUAAGAAUAUAGCAAUAUGUAACAUUAUUAAUGGCCACAGAUCUUAGUGGACUCUGUUGAGCUUUUUUAUUGAGAUCCACAUAUGGGCAUAAUCAUGUUGUUAAUGUAAUUGAAAUAUAGCACUAGGGUUACUUAAUUUUAAUACUAGCAUAGGUUUUUAAAAACUGAUCAUAGUCGAGGAAUAUACGUUUAUUGGCACAUAAACUUUAGUAUCAUUUUUUAAAGAGUAUAUGAGUAGAUUGACCACCUAAUAAGGUUACAAUAUACCUUUGGAGAGGAUUUUCUCCAUAAAGUUAUGUCCAAUGUUAUCUAUUUAGGCAUUUCAGUUCAAAGUGUGAAGUUUCCACUAAUUCAGGUGGACUGAUUUGCUCAAGAUGCAAAUACAUUAAAAACACAUAUAAAAGGAAAGAAGAAAGAUACAAAGAAAAACCAUUUGUGAAUGCCAAAACCAACCAUCAAUACAUGACCAAUGAUCAGCUUGUUGGAAAGGUAAUUAUAGUAAUGCUGAACUGUGAAAUCAUGCCUGUUUAACAAACACCAUUAAAAAAAACAAUUCUCCAACUUCUACAGCUAUGUACCUCACUAUUUGAUACAACACAUUUUGAUAAUGGAGCAUUCCAUUGUCAGCCCCUUGGAUGCAAACUUCAAAGGUGCUAACAACAAAUUCAUGGCUGUCAACAAAUCGGCCCUCCACGGGGAGAAUGUUUCAAAAUAGGUUUGAAAUACCUCGCUUAUUUUACUUUUUUCUACAAAUCUGAUAAUGAUCAAUUCUCUUCAACGAUAUAUUUUUUAGUUGUAUGAAAUAUUUAUUAGAAUUGCUUUGUUUCUGAAGCCUGAAUUUUAUUAGAAGCAUCCUACAUUUACAAAUUUAACCUACUAUUUAAUUGGUUAGAUUUGUACUCUGCUGUUAAUUAUAUUUCACCAUUAUUGUUAAAAUUAAUGUAAAUAGUUUUGGAGGACCUUGGACUGAUGUGAAUGCUCAGUUAGCCUGAAAUGUCAGUCAUCUCCUGUUGCCAAGGCAUUAGGAUGAGGGCGGAUUUCGGGAUAAAGCUCUGUACAUAAAUUGUUACUGCUAUUAAAAUGGUUCAACUUGAGAAACAGCAGAAGGUAGCAGAAAAAAGAACUCAGGAAAAACUGGAAGCUGACAUGAUUGAGAAUAUUAUUAUAACACCGUAGGACAUAUUUUUCAAAAUUUGCUCAAAUCUCAUUUAAACUCUCCAGGAUGAGAAAAAAAUGACACUGUUGAAUGUUCAAGAGUGUUUAUUUGGUAAAUUACCUAUUUGUUGAUUGAUUUCAAUGUCAUCUUCUAAUCUCCAUAGACUCUUAUAUUCUAUUUCAACACCAGUCCUACUCACUAGUGAGUCACCUGAGAUAUGUGCAAGUAGCCCGAGCGAUCAGUUGUGCACGUAAUCCCAGAGCGGUCAGUCGCAUCUUUUGAAGUUCGUUGGUAAUGGCAAAUACGAGCAAGCAAACACUUUCCACUGAGGCAGAGGAUGCCCUCUUAAACAAUGACCACGAUCCUAAGGAGAAGACCCCAACAACUGCCCACCGGUUCCCAUGGUCAGUAUGCUUCAGAACGUCAACAAAACUCUCAGAGCGAUGGCAGACUCGAUCCUCAACAUGAACCAGUCACUCAAGCAGCUUCAUCCCAGUAACAGACGAUCAACUCGACCCUAAAUGAUGAAAAUACAGUUUCAAAGAUUGAGUGGUUCCGAUGGUUCAGAUUAUGAUGGAGAUGACUCGGACGCGGAACUUUAGGCCCUUUGUGGCACUGAAGCCAACAAAACCUCCAAAGAUAAACCCCAUGCUCCACUCAAGCAAAGCGCAAAUCACAGAAGAUCUUCUCAACGCAGACGAAUCAGGUCUGGCUGCUGAGAAACAACUGGCUGACUUUAUUAACAACUUGUGGUCUAAGAAAUUGCCAGACUCAAAACUAAAGGAUAGGUCAGGGAAAUAUUUACACCCAGUGAACUGCGAGACUCUCGCAACACCGCAGGUUAAUCCCGAAAUCUGUGAUAAACUGAGCCACUCAGUAAAACAACAGGACCUCAGGUCCAGCUUAACCCAGAAAACGGUUGGUACUGCUGGCACUGUACUGUGCAAAUCCAUUGAGCUGCUGCUAGAAAUGAAGAAUUUGAAGCAGCCGAAGUCAAACUCAGACAUUCAGAAACUUAUAAAAUUGAACACAGAUGCAGUCGCUCUCCUAGGGCAUGCAUAUGUCAACCUGUCCCACUGCCGCUGGGAGUCAAUCAAACCGCAUCUAAAUAAAGAUUAUGCGGGCCUGUGUGCUUCGCAUGUUCCAGUAACAGCUCUGCUGUUUGGCAACGACCUGCAAUCCCAAUUGAAUAUACCAGCAUCCAACAGGGUAAGCACCAUGUUUCUUGACAAAUGGAAGGAAAUAACUUCUGACUCAGAAGUCCUUAUUGUGUUAAGGGUCAAUAUAUUGAAUUUUCCACACAGCCCACAAAGAACUUGGGCCUGAAAAGGAAAACUUUCAACAUCAGUGACUCACUGGUUAUAGGAGCUGAAAUCCAAAAAUUGCUUGACAAAGGUGUCAUUGUACCCAACCCAACAUGAAAGUGGGGAAUAUAUUUCGCCAAUUUUUCUGGCAAAUAAAAAAGAUGGAUCGUAUCGAAUGAUCUCAAAUUUAAAAUGCUUUAACCAGCAUGUUGAAUACCAACAUUUCAAAAUGGACUCAGUCUGGACAGCAAUUAGGUUCAUUACCCCAAAUUGCUUCACGGCAUCCAUUGAUUUAAAGGACACUUACUAUUCGGUCCCUAUCGCAAAGCCACACCAAAAGUACCUCAAAUUUGAAUGGAACAACAUGUUAUUUAAGUUUACAUGUUUCCCCAAUGGUUUGGCUUUCUGUCCCAGAAAAUUUACCAAGCUAGUGAAACCAGUAUUUACCACCCUGCAACAGCUUGGUCACUUGUCUUCAGGUUAUAUAGACGACUCUUGGUUAAUGGGGCCAAUCUGGGAUUAUUGUGCAAAAAAUGUUGUUGACACAGUCAAACUAUUGGAUACUUUGGGUUUUGUAGUACACCCUUAAAAGUCGGUGUUCAUCCCAACUCUACAAGGAUGCAACCUUUGACUUAGGACAAUUUAAUGUUACCAUUAUUUCCUACAAGCAUCUCCUGUUGGAGAAUCGCUGAAAUGGCAAACACCCUACCGUCACUGACCCGGUGCUUGUACAUCAUAGAAACACUACUCAGUCAUAAAAGUACCUUUGAACUAACUUGACAUCCUCAAAUCCUGCCACGAAGAAUCUUGGCAUUUGGUACCAAUGAUGAGACAGCGUUAAUCAAGGCGUUUGAGGAAACCUCUGACUGUGCUGUUUAUUUAUUGUGUGAGAGGCACAUACAAAACACCCUCAGACGAGGUUUAAAGCCCUCUAGUUUCCUUUGGCCUACCAAGCAGUUUCUCCACAAUACCUUUGGUGGAGCAUGUGACCGGGAGUAUGUGCUUGGACUGGUUGACAGUAGAGAUAUAGAGGAAUUUCAAUGCUGCCUGGAUACCCUGGAGGAGAAAUGGAGUCAAGCUGCAGAGCCAGGUAAAGAGGCCUAUCGCUGGUUUCUGAAAAACAAAGCACAGAAAGUUUUUUGUUCUCUUGGUGCUGGUGUUAAAGAGCAAGCCGGCUAAGGAUGACCACCUGCACGAUUUACAACCAACCCAU